AACCUCUCUUGUGCUUUGCACGUGGAACGUAUAGACGUACUGGUUCAGCGCUGAUCAGUUUUACUCUGUACAAAUUGGUUAUCUCGGCCAGUACUAAAAAUCAACCAUGGCCACGACCAAGGUCGAUAAUCCUGAGAAGCCAGGACAGGAAGUCACUCCGAUUCACCGUAUAAGAAUCACACUCACGUCACGCAAUGUUCGUUCCCUCGAAAAAGUGUGCGCCGAGCUGAUCAACGGGGCAAAGAAGCAGAAAUUGAAGGUCAAAGGACCCGUUCGCAUGCCAACGAAGAUCCUGCGAAUAACAACUCGCAAAACGCCCUGCGGUGAGGGCUCGAAAACCUGGGAUCGCUUCCAGAUGCGAAUUCACAAGAGAGUGAUCGAUUUGUAUUCGCCAUCAGAGAUUGUGAAACAGAUCACAAGCAUUUCCAUCGAGCCCGGCGUAGAGGUGGAAGUGACGAUCGCUAAUGAAUAAACUUUGUCAGUAAAACUAUGAGGUUUUAAUAAAAAUACUAAAAAGGAAA